GCUUUAGGAGGGAGGGUGAAGAGGCCGCCAUGUUGGAUCCGGUGACUUCAGUGGUAGCAGCCGGAGCUUAUGCAUGAGGCUGUGUGGAGUCAAGGAGGGCGGACGGUGAAAGAAGAGGAGGAAAACAACCGCGACGAGGAAGAGGAAACGGAGGAAGGAGUCGGGUGGGAUUACAGGCUAUCAGUGUUCGCCACUCGAAGAAGAUGCCCUAAGCAUGGUGGACCGAAAGACGGGCAGCAUCUUUUCAUCUCUUGCACUAGAAAACACCAGCAGCAGCACAGCAUCCUUUGGAGGAACCGCGCAAGCGGAGUGGGAGAUGUGUGUGGAUUGAAAAAGGCAAGAUCCUGUCGCCCUGUCAAGAGAAACAAGGAGCUAGAGGACGUGCAGCGAUAUGGAGAGGAUUUCCUAGGAUUAUUACCAGCCCAGCCUACCCUUCUUCCCUUGACUGGAUGUGCUGAUACCGUAUUUAAGGCAGGACAAUUAUUACUUUCCCCGAUAUUUAAAGAGGGGUGUGACUUUCCCCCUCCACAUGCUCCCCCUCCCCAGUAUAUUGGGGAGGGAGGUUGAGGAAAUUCGGACUAGACAUUAUUUUUUGGCAUGGUGAAGAGCCUUAAAGGAAGAGUGGCACUGAUUGCCCUAAGGAAGGAUUCUGUUUCUGAAGACUUUUCUUCCUUUUCCUCUCUUCUUCCCAUUCCCCACUUUCUGAAGAGUUGCCACUAAUGCAUUUUCUAAGAGGUGGUGGAGGUGGAGGUGGAGGUGGUGGAGAAGGUGAAGAAGAAGGUGGUGGAGGUGGUGGAUAUUCUCCAGCACUAGAUCUUCAGAAUCCUGUGCUUUUGAUUUUUUGCCCUCCCACCUUCAAAUAGCUUUCUUCCUGCUGCUUUUUCCUUGAAAGUGAAUUGUUGUUGCAAAUGGAAUGGGGACUUUACACUUUAAUGAUGCAGAAGGAUUCAUUUCGGGAUUGGGUUUCAUGAUCUGAAUUUCGAAUGAAGGAGAAGACCUUUAAAAAUCUAUAUGGAUGACAGAAGAGUGGAGUCAGUCUUGGGAUUAAAUUUUAAUUAUUAUUAUUAUUUAAAUGUAUAAAGUAUAUAUUUUCUCUUUUAAAGGUUAUUAAAAGAGAUUUUAGGGUAAUUAUUUUUCUGUAAUACUCUGUAUAUAUUGUAGAUGUAUGUGUGGAAAGACUGACCAAAUUACAGUUCUCAGAAUGGCAGUUCUGAGAUGGAUUAUACUUUCAGCACCAUCUUUAAAGCACUGACUUUUCAAAAUUCUUUUUAUGAACUGUAAUAUAUUUUAAUGUGCUAGAUUUGUCAAAGAUAGCACAGAAUAAUAAAGAAGGAAAGUCUGUUAAAAACUGAAGCAGCCAUGUCUGGAGAAGUGCGCUUGAGACAGUUGGAACAGUUUAUUUUGGAUGGGCCAACUCAGACCAAUGGGCAAUGCUUUAGUGUGGAAACCUUGUUGGAUAUACUCAUCUGCCUUUAUGAUGAAUGUAAUAAUUCACCCUUGAGAAGAGAGAAGAAUAUUCUGGAGUUUCUAGAAUGGGGUAAGCCUUUCACAUCUAAGGUGAAGCAGAUGCGAUUGCAUAAAGAUGACUUUGAAAUAUUGAAGGUGAUUGGCCGAGGUGCCUUUGGGGAGGUUGCUGUUGUGAAAUUAAGAAAUGCAGAUAAAGUAUUUGCCAUGAAAAUAUUAAAUAAAUGGGAAAUGCUGAAAAGAGCGGAGACAGCUUGUUUUCGAGAAGAGAGGGAUGUUUUGGUGAAUGGGGAUAACCAGUGGAUUACAACAUUGCACUAUGCCUUCCAGGAUGAAAAUUAUUUAUACCUCGUUAUGGAUUAUUAUGUUGGUGGAGAUCUGCUCACCUUGCUCAGUAAGUUUGAGGAUCGGUUACCUGAAGAAAUGGCUCGCUUUUAUUUAGCUGAAAUGGUGGUAGCAAUUGAUUCUGUACAUCAACUACAUUAUGUCCACAGGGAUAUCAAACCAGACAAUAUCCUGAUGGAUGUGAAUGGACAUAUUCGGUUAGCGGAUUUUGGUUCUUGUCUGAAGCUGAUGGAAGAUGGAACGGUUCAGUCUUCAGUGGCAGUUGGAACACCAGAUUAUAUAUCUCCAGAAAUUCUGCAAGCCAUGGAAGAUGGGAAAGGAAAAUAUGGUCCCGAAUGUGAUUGGUGGUCCCUUGGAGUUUGCAUGUAUGAAAUGCUUUAUGGAGAAACACCUUUUUAUGCUGAAUCUCUGGUGGAGACAUAUGGAAAGAUAAUGAACCACAAAGAAAGAUUUCAGUUUCCUGCCCAAAUGACAGACGUGUCUGAAAAUGCCAAGGACCUAAUUCGAAGGCUUAUCUGCAGCAGAGAACAUAGACUUGGGCAGAAUGGAAUAGAAGACUUUAAAAGCCACCCAUUUUUUUCAGGGAUUGACUGGGAUAACAUUCAGAACUGUGAAGCACCUUAUAUUCCUGAAGUCAGCAGUCCAACAGAUACUUCAAAUUUUGAUGUAGAUGAUGACUGUUUAAAAAAUUCUGAGACAAUGCCGCCGCCAACACAUACUGCAUUUUCUGGCCAUCACCUGCCAUUUAUAGGAUUCACAUAUACAAGUAGCUGUGUCCUUUCGGAUCGUAGUACUCUAAGAUUUGCAGCUGGGCAACGUGUAAUGGAACUUGAUGCCAAUGUUCAAAGAACGCUAGAAGAUACCUUGGCUACAGAAGCAUAUGAGAGACGAAUAAGACGUUUAGAGCAAGAAAAGCUGGAACUUAGCAGAAAACUUCAAGAGUCCACACAAACAAUCCAGGCCCUACAUUAUUCAACCGUAGAUGGUCCAUUAACAGCAAGCAAAGAUUUAGAAAUUAAAAGCCUGAAGGAUGAAAUUGAAACAUUGAGAAAACAAGUAACUGAUUCUGGGCAAUUAGAGCAGCAACUUGAAGAAGCCAGUUCUGCACAAAGAGAUUUAGAAGAUGCUACCAGACACAUCAAAACUUAUGAGAAGCAAGUAAAAGCACUAAAGCAAGAGCGGGAUGAUCUUAAUAAGGAACUGCUUGACUCCAAUGAGAGGUUAAAGGCACAAACCAAAGAACUGAAAGAUGCACAUAGCCAACGGAAACUGGCCAUGCAGGAAUUCUCUGAAAUGAAUGAGCGACUUACGGAAUUGCAUUCACAAAAACAAAAGCUUACCCGCCAAGUUAGAGAUAAAGAAGAAGAGAUGGAAGUGGUAAUGCAAAAGGCAGAAAGCUUGAAGCAAGAAUUACGUAGAACAGACAGAAUAAAGAAAGAACUGGAAGUUCAUGCUGAAGCUGCAGCUGCUGAGGCAUCCAAGGACAGAAAGCUGCGUGAGAGAAGUGAGCAAUAUUCUAAGCAGCUGGAAAAUGAAUUAGAAGGACUAAAGCAGAAGCAAAUUGGUUGGUCUCCAGGGGUGAGCAGCACAGAACAUCAGCAGGAAAUAACAAAAUUAAAAGCUGACUUGGAAAAGAAAAUUGUUUUUUAUGAAGAAGAACUGUCUAAACGAGAAGUAAUACAUUCUAAUGAAUUAAAAAAUCUGAAGAAGGAAUUCCGUGAUGCAGAGGUCCAACAACUUGCUCUCAAAAAAGAAAUUAUGAUAUUGAAAGACAAAUUAGAAAAGACAAGGAGAGAAAGCCAAAAUGAAAGGGAGGAGUUUGAAACAGAAUUCAAACAUAAAUAUGAACGGGAGAAGAUUCUGCUGACUGAAGAGAACAAGAAGCUUUCCAAUGAGCUUGACAAGCUUACAGCAAUGUAUGAAAGACUAAGUAUAAGUAACCGACAACUUGAAGAAGAGAUGAGAGAUCUUGCUGACAAAAAAGAAUCUGUAGCACACUGGGAAGCCCAAAUUACUGAGAUCAUUCAGUGGGUGAGUGAUGAAAAAGAUGCUCGAGGUUAUCUUCAAGCAUUAGCUUCCAAAAUGACCGAAGAACUAGAAGCAUUGAAGAGCUCCAGCUUGGGUGCAAGGGCAACAGACAUGCCUUGGAAGAUGCGUCGCUUUGCGAAACUAGAUAUGUCUGCAAGGUUAGAGCUACAGUCAGCCCUUGAUGCAGAAAUACGAGCCAAGCAAGCCAUUCAGGAAGAGUUAAAUAAAGUUAAAGCUUGUAACAUUGCAACAGAAUGCAAAUUGCAGGAAUCUGAAAAGAAGAACUCCGAGCUGUUAUCAGAAAUAGACAGAUUGAAAAAAGAGGCAGAAGAACUUCAGUCAGAAAAGGGAGUGAAGCAUCAAGACUCACAAAAUUCUUUCUUGGCAUUUUUGAAUGCACCUACCUCUGCUCUGGAUCAGUUUGAACGCUCUCCCUCCUGUAUUCCAGCCCACAAAGGCAGACGUAUUGAUUCUGUUGAAAAUUUUACCUUAUCUAAUACGCCUUCGCGGGAUGAAGAUAUCAAGUAUCAUCUUCAUUCAGGAUCUAGGUCCCCUUCCACAGCUAGUGACAUUGAACCAAUUGAGGUUUCAGAUCAUCCUCUGCGUCCAGUUCACACACCAACCAUGAGAUCACCAUAUAGUGGUUCAGGACUCUCUGUGCCAAAGCCUAAGGCCCAUCAGUUUGUAGUAAAAUCCUUUAAUACCCCUACCAAAUGCAAUCAGUGCACAUCAUUGAUGGUUGGGUUAAUAAGACAGGGCUGUACCUGUGAAGUCUGUGGAUUUUCAUGCCAUGUGACCUGUGCAGACAAAGCACCAGCAGUAUGUCCCAUCCCACCUGAACAGACAAAAGGUCCUCUAGGGAUUGAUCCACAGAAAGGAAUAGGAACUGCUUAUGAAGGGCAUGUCCGAAUCCCUAAGCCAGCUGGAGUGAAGAAAGGCUGGCAGAGAGCCCUGGCUAUUGUUUGUGACUUCAAGCUCUUCCUUUAUGAUAUAGCAGAAGGAAAAGCAUCCCAACCCAGUGUGGUAGUUAGUCAGGUUCUUGAUAUGAGGGAUGAAGAAUUCUCGGUGUGUUCUGUUCUGGCUUCUGAUGUCAUUCAUGCAAGCCGAAAAGAUAUUCCCUGUAUUUUUAGGGUUUCAGCUUCUCAGCUAUUAGCAUCAAGUAAUAAAUGUUCAGUCCUGAUCCUAGCUGACAGUGAAAAUGAAAAGAGUAAAUGGGUAGGAGUCUUAAAUGAAUUACAUAGGAUCUUAAAGAAGAACAAGCUCAAAGAUCGCUCAGUCUACGCUCCCAAAGAAGCAUAUGAUAGUACCUUACCCCUUAUUAAAACUAGCCAAGCAGCAGCAAUUAUAGAUCAUGAACGAAUAGCUUUGGGCAAUGAAGAAGGGUUAUUUGUUGUUCAUGUUACAAAGGAUGAGAUAAUUCGUGUUGGUGACAAUAAGAAAGUUCAUCAGAUUGAGCUCAUCCCAAAUGAACAACUUAUUGCAGUGAUUUCGGGACGAAACCGUCAUGUACGACUAUUUCCUAUGACAGCUCUGGAUGGUCGAGAAAUUGAUUUUUAUAAACUGGCAGAAACUAAAGGUUGCCAGACCAUCGUUUCUGGACAAGUGCGCCAUGGAGCCCUUACUUGCCUGUGUGUAGCAAUGAAAAGACAGGUCCUGUGUUACGAGUUAAAUCAUAGCAAAACACGCCAUAAAAAAAUAAAAGAAAUCCAAGUGGCUGGGAAUGUCCAGUGGAUGGCUAUCUUUAGUGAACGGCUUUGUGUUGGCUACCAGUCAGGAUACUUAAAGUACUCUUUGUAUGGAGAAGGAAAUCCACAUAGUUUGCUUCAUCCAGAUGACCACACACUGUCGUUCAUUACACAGCAGCCAACUGAUGCCAUCUGUGCUGUUGAAAUCUCAAAUAAAGAAUACCUGCUGUGUUUUAGCAGUGUAGGGAUUUAUGUGGACUGUCAGGGUCGAAGAUCUAGACAACAAGAACUAAUGUGGCCUGCAACUCCUUCUUCUUCCUGUUACAAUGCACCAUACCUCUCAGUUUAUAGUGAAAAUGCAGUUGAUAUAUUUGAUGUGAACUCAAUGGAGUGGAUUCAGACCAUCCCCCUCAAGAAGGUACGUCCUUUGAACACAGAAGGGUCGCUAAAUGUCCUAGGACUAGAAACUGUUAGAUUAAUCUAUUUCAAAAAUAAGAUGGCAGAGGGUGAUGAGCUGGUGGUUCCUGAAACAUCAGAUAACAGUCGAAAGCAAAUGGUCCGAAAUAUUAAUAAUAAACGGCGCUACUCAUUCCGAGUGCCUGAGGAAGAGAGAAUGCAGCAGAGAAGAGAGAUGCUGCGAGAUCCAGAAAUGAGAAAUAAAUUAAUUUCUCACCCAACUAACUUUAACCACAUAGCACACAUGGGCCCAGGAGAUGGUAUACAGAUCCUCAAAGACUUGCCCAUGAACCUUCGGCCUCAAGAAAGUCGGGCAAUGUUUAGUGGUUCUGUCAGCAUCCCUUCAAUCACAAAAACCCGGCCCGAACCUGGACGCUCCAUGAGUGCUAGUAGUGGUUUGGCAGCAA